UACUUAAUCUUUUGUCUGCUCUUCUCAGAUCAAGAAACUACAGCCGCUGUGUAUUCUGCUACUUCCCGGGGACGCAUACAAUUGAUUUAUGGCGGCCAACCAUUUAUAUUCGAAAAGAAAAUCAAACUGGCCACUAAUGAGGAAAAGAAAUACUGGCGUUGUAACCAAUGGUGGAACCAGAAGUGUCGCUCUCGUGUUUGCACGAUUAAUGAUAUGGUCAUACCCUUAAAUCGCUAUCAUACCCAUGAAGAAAUUGUCAGGCGUAAGAAGCGUGUACGUAAAAAUAUACCGGGCGACAAGAUCAUUGUAAAAUCUGAAGCACAAGAUGUUGCGGCCAACUCGGCCUCCACAACGGCUGGCAGUGGCAUUGAUGUCAGCUCACUGGGCAUGCAUUUAAAAUAUGAAGAAAUUGUGGCAGAUGUAACCGAAAUUGUCGAACCCUCUCCCAUUGUCAUAACUAAAAAAUAGGAAAUAGUUGUAACCAAUUGUUCAUAUAAUAACGAAAAACUUUAUUAGAUUUCAUGCAAAUAAUAACAAUCAAUCAAUCAACAACCAACCAACCAUAACAUUCUAAUUAUGCAAAUAUUUUUUUCUUUUUUUUUAAAUUUUUGUUUUAAUUUUAUUUUAUUAAUAAAAAAAGUUCAAUAAAAAUAAAAGUAACAAAUUAA